UUGGCUGUCGCUGGAGCAACGUGCCAAGAGCCGCUCGGCUGGCUUGGGAGCCGAGGGGACUGGCCCGAAGGAAAUCGGGAAUCGGCCACCCCAGCGGGCCGGGCCCCGCCAGAGCUCCCCGAGGAUGCUGCGAGUUUUCAUCCUCCACGCCCAGAAUGUCCAGACGCCCGACGGCGACAUCAGCGAUGCCUAUUGCUCCGUGGUGUUUGCAGGAGUGAAAAAGAGAACAAAGGUGAUCAAGAACAACACCAACCCGGUGUGGAACGAGGGCUUCGAGUGGGACCUGAAAGGUAUUCCAUUAGACCAGAAUGCUGAGCUCCAAGUUGUCGUCAAAGAUCAUGAAACCAUGGGCAGAAACAGGUUUCUGGGCGAAGCCCACGUGCCCCUGCGGGAUGUCCUGGCCUCCCCCAACCUGGCCGCCAGCUUCAACGCUCCCCUGCUGGAUGCCAAGCGACAGAGCACCGGGGGGUGCCUGAUCCUCCAAGUCUCCUACAUUCCACCUCCUGGGGCAGCUCCUUUCGUCCCUCCUCCGGCCCCCCCGGAGCCAAAUCCGACUCCCUCUGAGCUGGACACGGUGACAGAUACGGGGGGCGAAGAAGACACGGAAGAGCAGCUGGGCACAGAUGAGGAGGAGGAGCCUUCCGCGAGGCCACCCGCUCCCGCUCAGCCUCCCUUGCCCAAGAAGCCGCCUUCCCACGUUCCUCCCGGAAGCAAGAGCAGGAAAAGCACUUCCCGGAAGCUGCUCUCCAACAAACCCCAGGAUUUCCAGAUCCGGGUGCGCAUCAUUGAAGGGCGACAGCUCUCUGGUGUCAACCUCAAGUCUGUGGUGAAGGUCACGGCAGUGGGGCAGACCAAGAGAACCAGGAUCCGGAAAGGAAAUAGCCCCUUUUUUGAUGAGACCUUUUUCUUCAAUGUCUUUGAAUCCCCAAUGGAACUUUUCGAUCAGCCCGUAUUCAUCACGGUUGUUGACUCCCGCUCUCUCCGGACGGACUCUGUCGUUGGAGAAUUCCGGUUGGACGUUGGAACCAUUUAUGCUGAACCCAGGCAUUGCUUCCUCCGGAAGUGGCUGCUGCUUUCAGAUCCAGAGGAUUUCUCUGUCGGAGCCAGAGGCUACCUGAAAGUCAGCUUGUACGUCCUUGGUCCUGGCGAUGAAGCGCCUGUGGAAAAGAAGGAAGCUGCUGAUGAAAAAGAAGAUAUUGAGGGCAAUAUUCUCAAGCUGCCCGGGGUGUCUCUCAGAGGGGCCCACUUCUCCCUCAAGAUUUAUCGAGGAGAAGACUUGCCCCAGAUGGAUGAUGCCGUAAUGGACAGUGUCAAGCAGAUCUUUGGCUUUGAAAGCAACAAGAAGAACCUCGUGGAUCCCUUUGUGGAAGUUACCUUCGCAGGGAAAAUGCUCUGCAGCAAGAUUGUGGAGAAGAACGCCAAUCCUCAGUGGAACCAGGUCAUCACGCUGCCCGCCAUGUUUCCCUCCAUGUGUGAGAAGAUGCGGAUCCGCGUCAUGGACUGGGACCGUGUCACCCACAACGACAUCAUUGGCACCAGCUACCUUUGCAUGUCCAAAAUCUCCGCUCCGGGAGGAGAACUGGAAGAUGAGUUUCCUGCUGCUGCGAAACCCUUCAAAGCAACAGACAUUGAUGAUAGCCUUGGCUUCCUGCCCACUUUUGGCCCAUGUUACAUCAACCUCUACGGCAGCCCAAGAGAGUUCACUGGAUUCCCUGACCCUUACGAAGAGCUCAACACUGGCAAGGGAGAGGGUGUGGCUUAUCGUGGCAGAUUGCUGGUGGAACUGGAGACCAAGCUGGUAGACCAUGUCGAACAGAAGUUGGGAGACAUCCCUGCUGAUGACAUCCUGCGGGUAGAGAAGUACCUGCGUCGGCGGAAAUACAACCUCUUUGCAGCCUUCUACUCGGCCACCAUGCUGCAGGGUGUGGGCGAUGCCAUCCAGUUUGAGGUCAGCAUUGGGAACUAUGGAAACAAAUUUGACAACACCUGCCUACCGCUGGCCUCCACCACGCAGUUCAGCCGGGCGGUCUUUGAUGGCUGUCAGUAUUACUACCUUCCCUGGGGCAACGUGAAGCCUGUCGUGGUUCUCUCCUCCUACUGGGAAGACAGCAGCCACAGGACGGACGCGCAGAAUCUCCUCUCUGGGGCUGCGGACCGGCUGGACGCCAACUUGGAGCGGGUCCACCUCGCCCAGAAGGCCAAGAGUUCUGCCAGCGCCUUGGACACCCUCGUGGCUCAGCUGCUGGAUGAGCUCAUUGUGGACGGCAGCCAGCCCCUGGUUGAUGUCACCCAGAAGCCAAACAGCACCCAUCUGGACCAGUAUCUUUAUCGUUUCCGCACCACCAACCUCAAUCAGAUGGUCCAGGCGGCCUUGAAGCUGAAGCAUGAAGACUCUGAUCUGCAAACGAUCCUGGAUCAGGCAGAAGAUUGGCUCUCUCGGUUAAAGUCCAUGGUGGAGGAGCCCCAGAACAGCCUCCCGGAUGUCAUGAUCUGGAUGCUGCAAGGGGACCGGCGCGUGGCUUACGCCCGGCUGCCUGCCCGUGAGGUCCUUUUCUCCCGCAACGGAGCCAGCUGCUGUGGGAAGAACUGUGGAAAACUCCAGACCAUAUUCUUAAAAUGUCCUCAGGAAGAGGUGGUGGGUGCCAGGAUCCCAGCUCAGAUCCGGGUCCGGCUGUGGCUGGGGCUCGCUGUGGACGAGAAGGAGUUUAACCAGACGGCAGAGGGGAGGCUGUCUGUCUUUGCUGAAGCGUAUGAGAACCAAACGAAGCUGGCGUUGGUUGGGAACUGGGGCACAACCGGUCUCACCUACCCCAAGUACUCGGACAUCACUGGCAAGAUGAAGCUGCCCAAGGACAGUUUCAAGCCUUCCGCUGGCUGGACGUGGGCCGGAGACUGGUUUGUCAGCCCCGAGAAGACGCUACUACAUGACGUGGAUGCCGGUCAUAUGAGCUUCGUGGAGGAAGUGUUUGAGAAUCAAGUGCGGCUUCCGGGUGGUCAGUGGAUCCAUAUGGCCGAAGCCUACACAGAUGUGAAUGGGGAGAAGAUUUUGCCCAAGGAAGAAAUCGAGUGUCCUCUAGGAUGGAAAUGGGAAGAUGUGGAGUGGGACACAGAUCUCAACCGAGCAGUUGAUGAGAAAGGCUGGGAAUAUGGCAUUACCAUCCCACCAGACAACAAACCUAAGUCUUGGGUGCCAGCAGAGAAGAUGUAUCACACUAACCGACGUAGACGGUGGGUGAGGCUCCGCAGAAGAGACCUUGCUCAAAUGGAGGCCCUGAAAAAGUAUAAACAGGAGGAGUUGGAAGGGGAAGGCUGGGAGUACGCCUCCCUCUUUGGCUGGACGUUCCAUAUGAAAUACCGCAAGACAGAUUCCUUUCGCCGCCGACGCUGGAGACGUCGGAUGGAGCCCCUGGAGCACACGGGCCCAGCAGCUGUCUUUGCAUUGGAAGGUGCCUUGGGUGGUGUGAUGGACGACAAGAGUGAUGAUGGCAAAUCAGUGUCAACACUCAACUUUGGUGUGAACCGACCGACCAUUUCCUGCAUCUUUGACUAUGGAAAUAGGUACCAUCUACGUUGCUACAUCUAUCAGGCAAGGGACCUGCUGGCCAUGGAUAAAGACAGUUUUUCAGAUCCCUACGCCAUUGUCUCCUUCCUACACCAGAGCCAAAAGACAGUGGUAGCAAAGAAUACACUGAAUCCGACAUGGGACCAAACGUUAAUCUUCUAUGAGAUUGAGAUCUUUGGAGCACCCCAAAAUGUUGCUGAAUCCCCUCCCAGCAUUGUGAUUGAAAUCUAUGACCAUGACACCUACGGUGCCGAUGAAUUCCUGGGCCGCUGCAUUUGCGAGCCAAGCCUCGACCGCACGCCAAGAUUGUCAUGGUGCCCCGUUGUGAAGGGCAGCCGGGCCGCAGGGGAGCUGCUAGCUGCGUUUGAACUGAUUCAGCGAGAGAAGCCAGCUGUCCAUCACAUCCCGGGAUUCGAGACGGAGAUGACGUCUGUUCUGGACGAGUUGUGCACCCCUGCCUUCUACUAUGAGGGGCUUCUGCAAUGGUCCGCUGAUUCAGACCUGCCUUACCCUCCACCACAGAGAGAGCCCAACAUCUACAUGGUCCCUCAAGGAAUCAAACCUGUUCUUCAGCGUACAGCCAUUGAGAUACUGGCUUGGGGUCUUCGAAACUUGAAGAGCUAUCAGAUGGCCAGUGUAACUUCUCCCAGUCUUCUGGUGGAGUGUGUUGGGCAGAUGGUCCAAUCAACUGUUAUCAAGAACCUCAAGAAGAAUCCCAACUUUGACAUCUCUGUGCUCUUCAUGGAAGUGCGUAUGCCAAGGGAAGACCUGUACAGUCCUCCCAUCAUUAUCAAAGUCAUUGACAACAGGCCUUUUGGCCGCAAGCCUGUGGUGGGCCAGUGUACCAUCCGAUCACUGCAAGAGUUCUUCUGUGACCCCUACAAAGAAGAUACAGUAUUUCCGGAAACCCACACAGAUGAUGUGAGCCUCACACCAAAAGAUGAUGUUCUGAUUGACAUUGAUGACAAAGAACCUCUCAUCUCAGUCCAGCCUGCAGAUGGCAUGACCAACUCAGCUUUAAUUAACAUGCAAACUUCUCGGCCUCAUCUCCAUGAAGAAGAAUUCAUUGACUGGUGGAGCAAAUUCUAUGCUUCCACAGGCGAGCGAGAGAAAUGUGGCUCCUAUCUGGAGAAAGGCUUUGACACUCUAAAGAUCUACGAGACAGAGUUGGAGAGCAUAGAAGACUUUGGGGGUCUUUCGGAUUUCUGCCACACCUUUAAGUUGUACCGUGGCAAAGCUCAGGAUGACAGCGAAGACCCCACUGUUGUGGGGGAGUUCAAGGGCUCUUUCAAGAUCUACCCUCUGCCGGAUGACCCCACGGUGCCUGUCCCUCCGCGUCAGUUUCACCAGCUUCCAGCCAGAGGCCCCCAGGAAUGCCUCAUGCGGGUUUACAUCAUCCGUGCCUUUGAUCUGCAGCCAAAGGAUUCAAAUGGGAAGUGUGACCCUUAUGUGAAGAUUUCUGUGGGGAAGAAGUCCAUGAAUGAUCAGGACAAUUAUAUUCCAUGUACCCUGGAACCAGUCUUUGGGAAGAUGUUUGAGCUGACCUGUACGUUGCCCAUGGAGAAGGAUUUGAAGAUCACUCUGUACGACUAUGACCUCUUGUCCAAAGAUGAGAAGAUCGGGGAGACCAUCAUUGACCUAGAGAACCGGUUCCUUUCCAGAUAUGGGGCUCGUUGUGGCCUUCCUCAGACUUACUGCAUUUCUGGCCCCAACCAGUGGAGAGACCAGCUGCGCCCUUCCCAACUCCUCCACCAAUUUUCCUUGCAACGCAACUGCAAACCUCCAAUUUACCAGACUGACCAGAUCAUCUUUGGAGAUGAAACGUACCACCUCUCGGACUUUGAGGACGGCAAGCCGCCAAACCCCCACCUGGGUCCUGUGGAAGAGAGGCUAGCCCUGCACGUUCUACAGAAGCAAGGCUUGGUCCCUGAACACGUGGAGACGAGGCAGCUGUACAGCCCUCUACAGCCGGACAUUGAGCAGGGCAAACUUCAGCUUUGGGUGGACUUGUUUCCAAAAUCACUUGGGCCACCAGGACCACCAUUCAAUGUGACCCCACGAAGAGCAAAGAGGUUCUACUUGCGUUGCAUUGUCUGGAAUGCCCAAGAUGUCAUCCUGGAUGACGUCAGCAUCACCGGCCAGAAAAUGAGUGACAUCUACGUGAAAGGGUGGCUGGUUGGGUACGAGGAAAACAAGCAGAAGACGGACGUGCACUACAGGUCCCUGGGAGGCGAGGGCAAUUUCAACUGGAGAUUCGUCUUCCCCUUCGACUACCUCCCCGCUGAGCAGGUCUGCUCCGUGGCGAAGAAGGAACAUUUCUGGAGCUUGGACAAGACAGAGAAUAGAGUCCCACCCCAGCUGGUCCUUCAGAUCUGGGACAAUGACAAAUUUUCCUUUGAUGAUUACCUGGGCUCCAUCCAGUUGGAUCUCAACUGCAUGCCAAAGCCGAGCAAGACAGCGGAAAAAUGCAACUUAGAUCUUCUUGAGAUCCGGGAGAGAGAAGUUUCGCUUUUUGAGCAGAAGACAGUCAAGGGUUGGUGGCCUUGUGUGACCGAGCAGGAAGGCACAAAGAUAAUUGGGGGGAAGUUGGAGAUGACACUGGAGAUCAUCAAUGAACAAGAGCAUGAAGAACGGCCAGCUGGAUUGGGCAGGGAUGAGCCCAACAUGAACCCCAAGCUGGAAGACCCAAAGCGCCCUGAGACCUCCUUCCUGUGGUUCACCUCACCCUACAAGACCUUGAAGUAUAUCCUGUGGAGGAGGUUCAAGUGGGUCUUCCUCAUCUUCCUCAUUCUCUUCAUUGUGUUGCUCUUCCUGGGAAUCUUCAUCUAUGCCUUCCCGAACUAUGCUGCCAUGAAACUGGUGAAGCCCUUCAGCUGAACCCCCACCCCCUCCCCAUCUCCUGGAGCCAGGCAAGAGACGAAGGAUGCGUCUGGGGAUUGCAGGAGACCCGUCCUUCCCAUCACGUGACUGCGUGGAAGGAGGGAACACCCAUGCUGCCUUGUAGAAACUGCACUACAGAAACGAACCCAAGAUCCCCUCCCCAGUUUUCCCCAAAUGCUGCUCAGGUGACUUGGCUGAACUGAUGUCCCAAGGCUGGAUGUUUCUUUCCAUGGCCUUGUUUUCUGAAGAGGAAGCCCUUCCUGGUGAUGCUUGAACGUGGUUACUGUGACCUGCAAGGCACCAGCCACAUGUGGGUUUAUGGCUCACCUGGGAGACCUCUUGAGAGAGGAAAAGGGUGGCACAGAGAGGAAGAGGAUGGGGGCAUCUAGUGAGGGGUCAAAAAAGUCAAGAUGGUGGUCAUGACCGCACAAAGCCUGGCCCCUUUUCUACAUUACAGGCUUAUUCGAGGCCUUGGACCCUUGCCUGGGUUUCUAGAGCAGGGUUCCCAUCCAGAGGCUUUGGCUACAGUACCCACCCUCCCCCGGAAGAGAAUGGGAGAUGAGGUCCAGCACAGCUGUAACGGAGAAUGUCACUCUUUCUAAGGCACCUUCCUUGCAAUACACAGUAGAGGAGGCCCUCAUGAUACACAGUUUCAUUAACCACAGUUGGUAAAUAUAGACCUGACCUCAUUAUCUGCAGGAAAAGGAUCUGCAGACCUCCAGUGUUUGGUGCACAGUUCUGUCUGGCAGAAGACUUUGGGACUCUUGUCUGUGCAAAUUAUGCAUGUGCAGAAUGGUAGAUGGAGCUUUGCACACGCAUGUCGUGCAUUUUUCUCUAAGUCUUGUUACCAGAGGUUUCAUUAUCCUUGGUGUUCAAUGGAAAGGAACCCCUGCAUAUUACAAGGGGCACCUGCCCUUCAAAGAUGGCUGGGAGCUCCCAGUCUUUCAUUUUGCACCCUGCUGUGCUCUAGGUGCUGAGAUAGAUUUGAAGCUUUGCAACAGUUCCGCUUUUAAUGAAUGCAAAGAACGAACUUGCUCUUGCCAGACCUGGGAGAUAGGGUGGAGGUACUUUCAGCAAGAUGAAGUAGCAGUUUGGGAAUUGAAGGUUUCCAGGAAUGCCAUUCAGUGUCUGGGAAGAAGGUUAAGCUCCUGAGAGGGUCGAGCAUUGAUCCCAAAUGCGUGAAAGAAGUUGAGUUACGGGAUUUGUGUUUGUUUGACCUGGUGCAAAAGCAAGGAGGAGUGGGGAUCUGCGAGGAAGCUGCCUUACAGCAAGUGGGACCGUUGGUCCUUCUCACGUUGUACCAACCAGUAUAUUUUUCAACGGGCUUUCCCACUGAGCUCCUUCCGCCACACCCUUGGCUCUGUCACCCAGGGGCCGGUAAGACAUUAGGGUUUGUGGACUUGGGAAAAGUUCAUGAUCAUCAAGGGAAGAGUCCUCUCUGUCAGGGCCCCGAGAGGGUCCAUACAAUUUUGCCGUUCAGGACAGCUGUGCUUGUUGGAGACAAUGGCCGGGAGUCAAACUUUCCUCAUUAUGUAUCAGUUCCCACACAUCUCAGAAAUCAUUGUAGGCCAUUUCAUCAGCACUGUUUAAAACUGGGGAUCGUACAAUUAUGAGUUUGGGAGGAAGGAGCCUAUAGAUCCUCCAACCUUGCAAGUGAUUGUUUGAUAUAAGUACCUGAACGUUUGCCAAUUGGGAUCCGAAAAUCCUUGGGUUAAAAUUCUAGGAAAAAGCUCUAUGUCACAUUUGUUUGUGAAAUAUUUCUUUCUGCUCUAAUCUGGGAAAAUAUUGCUAGCCCAACUGUUUUAGUUUUCUAGCCCAAGAACAUGCUGGAGAUAGAUCUCUUCAUGUUUUCCAAACUCCUGAGCUCAUCCUUUCUUAUUUGAUUAUGUGCCAUCAACUCAUGUUGACUCUCAGCGACCACAUAGAUAGAUUUUCUCCAUGACGAACUGUCCCAACCUGGUCCUUCAGGUCUUCCAAUGGCGCACCCAUCGCCACCGUGGCAGAGUCCACCAACCUUUGCCUAAUGUGCCCAAAUUCUUGAGUUACGGAGCACGGCAACCUUUGUGACUCACUGAUAGAUCAGCAACAUGCGGGCCUUCUGCAUUUGCUCCAUUAAUCAUAUAAACGAACUGGCUGAAAAACAUUUAGUGUAAUCAGACAGAUGAUUUCCAACCAAACUGUCCUUAUUUUUAACAUAACUCUCCCCUGGAGGAGGGCCUGGCAUGGAUGUGGCCUUAAGAAGGAGAGAGACCAUCCUUGCCGCUAAACUAAGAGUUUGUCUCCUUAUGCAAGUUUAAUGAAAGGUUUCAUUACCCAAAGUCUUUCAACAGUUCAAGCCAAACUGACCGACGUCCUGCUUUUUUCUGGACAAGUUGCCUCUGGUGCCAGCAAAGCCGAUCCCCAUCCCGCCCCACUGCCAGGACCCUCGGACAGGCCAGCCAAGCUCUCUGCCCCGAUCUGGGCCCACGCUGCCUGCUGCUAAACAGGCUGGGCCGAACCCCUUCCUUUGGCUUCCUGAUCUUGGAAUAUCGGACCUGACCCGCCAAAUAGCUUCUUCUGUGUUUGGAGAACAAGCCAAGCCUUGAAUUUGUACUUUUGCAAUAUUGAAGUGCUCUUCUGUGCCAUGAUCUUCGCUGCAGCUGAGACAGACCAGAAGCCAGAUAUAAAACCGCUUGCGAGCUGCUCUGGAACUGGGGUCUCUCUGAGAGGGAGGUGGUGGCGAGUUUUCCACAUCACCUGUAUCUGCCUUUGAAGCAAUAUUCCAAUUGCACUAUAGUUACCAAUGAAAUGCUAUUAAAUCUUC